AUGGCAGAGCAGCACAGACCGAGGUUCUUCACUCCAGCAGAAGUCUCCGCCCACAACACCGACACCGACCUGUGGGUGUCCUUCCUGGGCAAGGUGUGUGACCUGAGCCCGCUGAUGGAGCAGCAUAAAGGUGACGACCUCCUGUUACCCAUCAUGCAGUGCGCAGGGAAGGACAUCAGCUCCUGGUUCGACCCUGACACCAAAGACAUCCAGAGAUACAUCGAUCCAGUGACUAACUGUGAGCGGUACUACACCCCCAGGGGGCGCUUUGUGCACAUUCCACCCAGUUGUCCCUGCUCUGACUGGGCCAGCGUCAUUGGCGCCCCCUGGUGGAAGGACGAGUGCUACCAGGUGGGACAGCUGUCGACCAAAACCAGGUGGAUACGAGUCAUCAACACGCUGACGUCACAGGAGCAGAGACUACAGGUGUGUUCAGAGGAGACUUUGGCUGAGAUCCUCCAGCGUUACCUGCGCUACAACUCCCACGCCCACAGCUACACCUGGAAACACAACGGACAGAUCCUGGACAUGAGCCUGACGCUCAGCGAGAACAAGAUCCCAGAUGACGACCUGGAGCUGGAGCAGCUGAGACUGGACCCAGACCUCUUCACCCCCGCCAUCCUGCUGCACUUCAACGACGACCUGACAGAGGGCUGA